AUGUCCUCAGCUCCGCCCCAAACUCCGAUUGUAGAUAUUCAUACACACAUUUACCCACCAUCCUACAUAUCCCUUCUUAAGUCACGAGAUGAAAUCCCUUAUAUUAGACAAUUUCCACCGGCGAAAGAACAUCGAUUGGUUAUUUUACCAGCGGAGGAUACGCCUAGUACGAGUCGGGGGAGACCCAUUGGAGCUGAGUACUACGACAUAGCCGAAAAAAUUGCUUUCAUGGACAACCACUCCAUCACUACCUCCGUUAUUUCCCUCGCAAACCCCUGGCUCGACUGGCUUCCCCCUUCUACAGCCCUCCAAACCGCCCUUGAAAUCAACACUGAAAUAAACGAUCUCUGCACCCUCUAUCCAAGCCGUCUCUAUUUCUUCGGUACCCUUCCUUUAUCCGCACCUCCACAAUCCAUCCUCGAAUCCAUCACGCACCUGAAAACUCUCCCUCACUGUCGGGGUAUAAUCCUCGGAACGACUGGUCUCGGCUCCGGACUCGACGAUCCCUCUCUGCUUCCCAUUUUCCACGCAUUAGCCAACGCUAAGCUCCCCAUAUUCCUCCAUCCACACUAUGGUCUCCCAACUUCUGUUUUCGGUCCCCGAGGAAAUGAUUACGGACACGUUUUACCCCUUGCCCUUGGUUUUCCCAUGGAAACAACCAUUGCCGUAACACGCAUGAUUCUUUCCUCUGUAUUUUCCCUCGUGCCCACAUUACAAGUCCUACUAGCGCAUAGCGGAGGAACCCUUCCAUUUCUCGCCGGAAGAAUAGAGAGUUGUAUCCUCCACGAUGCACAUCUCAAAUCCGAAGGAAAGCUCCAAGAUAUAAACGGAGGACAACGAAAAACCAUCUGGGAGAUUUUAAAAACAAAUAUUUGGUUAGAUGCAGUAGUGUACGGAGAUGUAGGAGUUAAGGGUGCAGUGGGUGCUAGUGGAAUCGACAGAGUUAUGUUCGGAACUGAUGCUCCAUUUUUUCCGCCGUUGGAUGAGGAGGAGGAGGUUGAGGGUGAGGGUGGUAAGAAAUGGCUUAGUGUUUCGAUGAAUAUGGAUGCUAUAAGAAGUGCUUGUGGUGCGGGUAGUGAGGAGGAAAAGGCUGUUUUGGGGAGAAAUGCUAUUCGACUUUUUGGUUUGGAUUUACCUGCUUCUGCUUCUACUUCGGAUCACGUGGAUAGUCAUGUAAGGGAGCGAGGGAGCGAUGGAGCUGGGGAGCGAGAUUCGAAUCUCGCUCCCUAG